UAUUACUGCUUUUGAUCUUUCCUUAGUCCAACUUAGCCACGUAUCUUUUUAAACGCAACAGUACCAAUAACUUUUUCCAUUUCCAGGCGGUGCCUUUGUCUCUUACUCUUUCCCUCCAACCUCUCUCUCUUUAUGUAUUUAUAGGAGUGCUGCGGCAUUUUAAGUAGUAUUUUUAUCAAAGGAAAACGAUGGGACUUGGGAUUUCAGAAUCCAAGGUUGUCUAUGUUGUUGUUCUUGUCAUUUUCGUUUUGAAUUGCUUCAUCCAGUUUGGAACGGACGCUCAAAUUUUGCCACAAAAUGAAGUGAAAGCUCUUGAAGCAAUAAACUCAAAAUUAAAAAACCUAAAUUGGAAGAUCAAUGAAAAUUUCUGCAGUACUAAGGGAAGUGUCAACAGAUUCAUUACAGAAGACAUGCUAAGCAAUGUCACAUGCAACUGUUCUCUCAGCAGUGGCACUGUUCAGUCUGUUUGCAGCAUCACUCACAUUCAGUUGAAGCGUCUUAAUCUAAGCGGAGUUCUACCAGCUGAUUUUGGAAAUCUUAUUAAUCUGCAAGAACUUGAUCUCAGUUUCAACUACAUCAGUGGAUCAAUUCCUUCUAGUUUCUCUCAACUCCCUCUUGUCAUUCUGUCCCUUUCAGGAAAUCGGUUAAGUGGUAAAAUUCCUAAUGGAAUUGGUGAGAUUGGCUCACUUGAGGAGCUGGUUCUGGAAGCUAAUCAGCUUGAUGGACGUCUUCCUGAAAACUUAGGAAAUUUGAGCAACUUGAAGAAACUUGUUCUUAAUGCAAACAAUUUUACGGGCACAAUACCAGAAACAUUUGGAAAAUUAACGAACUUAACUGAUUUUAGGAUAGAUGGGACUGCAAUAUCAGGGAAGAUACCUGGUUUUAUUGGGAACUGGAGCAGACUUGAUAGACUUGAUAUGCAAGGCACGUUCAUGGAGGGGCCCAUCCCUGUCACCAUAUCCCUGUUAUCAAAUUUAACCGAGCUGAGGAUAUCUGAUUUGAAAGGAUUGAGUAUUGGAUUUCCUAAUUUGAAGGAUUUGAAAAAGUUAAAAUAUUUGGUUCUAAGAAAUUGCUUAAUCACUGGUUUAAUCCCAGGUUACAUUGGAGAGUUAGAAUCUUUGAAGCGAUUAGACCUGAGCUUCAAUAAUUUGAGUGGUCCAAUUCCAGAUACAUUUUGGAAUCAAAAGCUAAAUGACAUGUACUUAACCAACAACUCAUUAAGUGGAGAAGUGCCGAAAUGGGUAUUGGAGUACACCAAAAAUAAUUGGGAUAUAUCUUACAACAAUUUUUCAGGGUCACCUCAGAUUAAUUGUGAGACACGAUCACAUGUGAAUUUGGUUUCCAGUUAUUCAUCUGUGGAGAGCAACUCAAUUCCUUGGUGCUUGAAGAAGGGCCUUCCCUGUUCCAAAAAAGCAAAACAUUAUUCCUUGUUUAUUAAUUGUGGAGGAGAAAAAAAAAACUUUGAGGGGAAUGAAUAUGAACAGGACAUAAUUCCAGAUGGGCGAUCACAAUUUAGUUCUAUUUCUGAAGAAUGGGGUUAUAGCAGCACAGGAGUCUUCAUGGGUGAGGACGAUACUCCAUACCGUGCACAGAAUACAUUUUCUCUGAAUGUGACUGGUAUCUAUGAGACAGCUCGAGUUGCCCCUUUAUCACUUAAGUACUAUGGCCUUUGCUUGCAAAAGGGAAGUUACAAAGUAAAGCUCCACUUUGCUGAAAUAAUGUUUUCUAAUGACCAGACAUUUAGCAGCCUGGGGAGGCGCAUAUUUAAUGUCUCGAUUCAAGGAAAGUUGGAGUUGAAGGACUUCAACAUUGUGGAGGAAGCUCAAGGUGUUGGUAUACCCAUCAUUAAGGAAUUUGAUGAUGUUCUUGUAAGUGGUAGCACCAUGGAGAUUCAUUUUUACUGGGCAGGGAAAGGAACUACUGCCAUUCCUGUCAAAGGUGUUUAUGGACCUCUUAUAUCUGCCAUUGAAGUGACACCAAGUAAGUUUUUCCUGCAAUUUAGGAUCUCUACCUUUUUUGUCAUUAACUUGCAUGUACGUAAUUCCUCUCCUUUUGUAGACUUUGAAGUCGGUAGCGGCCUAUCAGUUGGAGCUAUUGUUGGCAUUGUACUUGCAUCAUGUGUGAUCCUUGUUUUGAUUUUGGCGUUUCUUUGGAUGAAGGGUUACCUAGGGAAGAAAGACCUUGAAGAUAAUGAACUACGUGGUCUAGAUUUACAAACAGGUUAUUUUACUUUAAGACAUAUUAAAGCUGCCACUGGGAACUUUGACCUUGCAAAUAAGAUAGGUGAAGGAGGCUUUGGCCCAGUUUACAAGGGUGUACUAUCAGAUGGUGCUUUAAUUGCUGUUAAGCAGCUAUCCUCCAAAUCGAAGCAAGGGAACCGUGAAUUUGUUACUGAGAUAGGCAUGAUAUCUGCAUUGCAACAUCCAAAUCUUGUGAGGCUUUAUGGAUGUUGCAUUGAAGGAAACCAGUUGUUACUAAUAUAUGAAUACAUGGAAAACAAUAGUCUUGCCCGUGCACUUUUUGGUCGUGAGGAGCACCAGCUACAUUUGGAUUGGCCAACAAGGAGGAAGAUAUGCUUGGGAAUAGCCAGGGGGUUAGCUUAUCUUCAUGAGGAAUCAAGGUUGAAAAUUGUUCACAGAGACAUAAAGGCAACAAAUGUGCUCCUUGAUAAGGAUCUAAAUGCCAAGAUAUCUGACUUUGGUUUAGCUAAGCUUGAUGAAGAAGAGCAGACGCAUAUUAGUACACGAAUAGCCGGAACAAUAGGUUAUAUGGCUCCUGAGUAUGCAAUGAGGGGUUACUUGACUGAUAAAGCAGAUGUUUAUAGUUUUGGAGUAGUAGCUUUGGAGAUUGUUAGUGGGAAAAGCAACACCAAUUACAGGCCAAAGGAGGAGUUUGUUUAUCUUCUGGAUUGGGCCUAUGUCUUACAAGAGCAAGGAAACCUACUCGAACUUGUGGAUCCAAGGCUUGGUUCAAGCUACUCCUCUGAAGAGGCAAUGAGGAUGCUCAGCUUGGCUCUUUUAUGCACCAACCCCUCUCCCACUCUCAGACCAUUAAUGUCUUCCGUAGUAAGUAUGAUUGAAGGAAAAUGUGCAGUUCAAGCACCAAUAAUAAAGCGCAGUGAAACAAACCUGGAUCCAAGGUUUAAAGCUUUUGAGAAGCUUUCACAUGACAGCCAAACACACUUGAGCUCCACCUUUUUGCAUGACAGUCAAACGCAGAGAGACAUGUCAAUGAAUGGGCCAUGGAUUGAUUCCUCAUUUUCUGUCCAAAGUAAGGAUGAGACCAGCGGAGACCAUUCUUCAUCAAGCAAGCUUCUUCAGGAUCUUCAUGACGUAAAUUUAGAGUGAUUGAUGAAUAAAGAAAAAUACACAGGAUUUUUUUCCCCAAUCAAAUUGAAUUCUUGGAUUUGGCUCAACUGGGAUUAGAUUCUCUCUCUCUUAUUUACAGAUGGAUUCUCUCUCUAUUAUUUACAAAUGGAUGGACAUGAUAUAUUAUGUAAUAUAUAAACAUGUAAUAUGCUAAUCAGUAAUUCGGGUAAGUACAAAAAAAUUAUGAUCUUUUUUCUCUGUUUUAAGAAUUUAUUAUGAUUUUAUUUGUAUGUAGAACAAUUUGGACUAGGAUGUCCAACAAUUUGAACAAUAAGGGUGCUAUGCAUGUGGUUCUUAGACCUAAUUUGGGUGGCGACUCUAUUUACACCUUAGGCCAAGGUGUACUUCCCAUGGAUUUUUGGUGAAACUCGAAAAGGCCCAUCUUGCACCCACAAUACCCUCAAUGGGAACUUUGUGAGGGAAGGAGGAAAUUUUCCCUUUUUUGACUUUACUGAACCUGGGAUGGAUAAAAGGGCAGGAUGUGUCCUGGUUGGAAGAUAUUCUUUGAAGAGAAACUCACUUUUAAGGAAAAUUCUAGGGUGGUGAUUGAGGAGGUUCAAUAAGAAAUUGACUGGAUGGACUACAUGUAUGCUAAAACAAUGGCAACACUGUUGACACUAAGAUAGAGGGGGACAUGCUAGCCAUCAUUUGUGAGAGCCAAGUGAUCUGCCUACAUUCAUCAUGCCUACUGAUGGGCAUUCUAGUUGGACUUAGGUUGGAUUUUUCUAAAGUCAUAGGA